AUGGACUCGAUGUUAAUUCACUCCUCUUCCGACAAGUCUUGUUCGCCCCCGGCAUCAAGAACCUCGACGCGCGGUACGACACCAGACUUUGACCCGUCAGCAUCGAUCACGAACGGAAUCAGUGGCGUGCGGAUUUGCGGCAUGGAAACAUCCACCUCUCUCCAGGCGAGGGACCACCGAUACCCUGGCGAGAUGCCUCCUGCCUCCUUCCGUCGUUACCAACCUCAACACCAUCACCAACAACAGGCGCCGAUGAGGCACAUGCUCGCCAACGCCGCCCCCGCGCCACGCAGCAUCGACGCCCCGAACUGGCGAAUGGGUAUGAACAUGACGACAGCUACUGCCCAAGUUCACGGUCAUUACCACACGCCCAGUCUGACCAGCGGUCCUGAAUACAUGGCUAUGGGAGCCCCUAACGCAGAGCAUCAACCUGCUACGGACCAAGGUCAGGACGUAGGCGUCGACACAUCGGGCUUUUACGCCUACUGCCUCGACCGCGGCAACGGCAACUACACCAGACUCGUUCCUGCUGAUACUCUCCCACCCUUGGUCGGCAUCCCAGCUGUGCAGCACGUUGCUGAGGGCAUGCUUGUACUGCCCUCGCCGCGAGGGCUGGAUCACCAGAACCCAUCGGGUGGUACCAUCCAGCCGGUCGCGUUCAAGAAGAGAAUCGACCACAUCGUUGCCUCCUCUCCCGCCCCGCCCAAGAAGCCCAAGAUUUACUGCGACAAGUGGGUUCACGAGGGCGUUUGCGCCUUCACGCAGCAAGGAUGCAAGUACAAGCACGAGAUGCCGCUGGACAAGGCUACUCAACACUCCCUCGGUCUGUUUCAUGGCCUGCCGACCUGGUGGAAGAAGCAGCAAGCGGAGCUGCAACGCCAGCAACAACAGCAACAACAGCAGGAAGCAAGCGGCACCGAGACGUUCUACGACGUACGCCAGCCCCAGCAAGGGGCACUUCCGUCACCCAUCAGGUCUGAGAAGGACCUCUCAAGUCCAGCGAGAGCAUCGCAGUCAUGGAGACGAGUCGAAGGUGCAAGGCCGCAGGGUCACAUGCGCUCGUCGUCGCCCACAAGACAGAACGAAAGCGGUUACAGGACUACCGCAGAGCAGAGGACUGCGUAUCCCCAGGGCAUGAUUUCUCCUGCUUCCCCUUGCGUCUGGGGUCCCAUCGGCCCUCCGUCGAAGCGAACGGCCGACCACCCCCACAGAUACCACCAGAGCCUGGGUGGCUUCGGAAUGCCGAGCAACUUUUCUAUGCUGAACGAUAUGGGUGAACGAGAUAAUGGAUCUCGGUACUAA